UUGAAUCAUCGGCAUUCAUGAGAAACAAGUAGACGUACUAAUAUUAAUAAGAUGUAAUGAUCGACAUUAAUGGAUUAGAGUUUACCCAAUGAGACAACGCCUGGCCAGCUUGCUUAUAAGUUGGGAGCCAAAGGUUUACUGGAUGAUAGUGAAACCACAAUUCGGUUGUUGCUUCUAAGUUUCUUCUAGCUCCUUCAAAUUCCCAUAUAAUUUUCUAACAAGGAUUGUAGAAAAUGGGGAGAUCUAGUCUGGUGAAGGUAUUCAAUUGUUUCUCGCUUAUGAUCUCUGCAAACACUUGCAUUUGCUCGAACACUUUGGAGGAAGAGGAAGAAGCAGAGAGGAGAGCUCUACUCCAGAGCGAGGUCCUAAAGUUUAAGGAUGCUUUUGAUGGUGCGAAGACACUUGCUUUCCACUUGGAACCCAAGACAGUAGUACUGAGAGUAUCCAUGCACUGCAGUGGCUGUGCAAGAAAAGUCCAUAGGCACAUUUCAAAGAUGGAAGGAGUUUCGUCGAUCGAGAUGGACUUGGAGAGCAAGAAAGUGGUGGUUGUGGGCGACAUCACGCCAUUUGAGGUCCUGGAGAGUGUGUCCAAGGUCAAGUUUGCAGAGCUGUGGUUGAGCCCCCCUCCACAUGCAUUCUGAGCUGGAUCUGUGAACAGAGAAACACCAAUUCAUGCAAACCAUUGGAUAGUCCAACAGGAACUUGUAUCAAAUUUAGUUGGAAUUCAACAUUCUCCCGAUAUAUCAGUGUUGCCUGUUCGCUUAAUCCUCAGGUUGUAUUUUGAUUGUACCCUUUGGUGAUGAAGACGAAGCCAUUUUAAGAU